AUGAACUCAGCUCAAGCUCGAGCUCACCAUGAAGCGAAUCAAUCGGCCAGCAGCACCUUCGAUGUCGUCACAGAAUGGUCUUCCACUGAAGCUGGCAUGAUCUUCAAUGCGUAUUUAGUAGUGUUCCCCAAUCCGAAGAGUUUAUCGGAGUGUGAGAUUAUGGUAAGCUUGAGGUGGGGAUGA